AUGAAUUUCAUCAGAAAUCGGAGUAAUCUACAUUGGGGAGGUGGAGGCGAUGCGAAAGCGCAUUCGAACCAGGAUCGUGUGAACAAUGGACCGUCAACAAGCAAACAAAUUUCACCCCAUUCAACGCCUUUCAUGCCAAAAACCGAGGAUCCAUUGGCAUCAGCAAUGCUGGGAUUGGCUGAGAUGGCCACGAAGCUCUUCAUUGUUCAUCCAUGUAAAGUGUUGCGUCGACAAUGUCAGGUACAUCAGCAUGCUCGGUCUAUCCAUCUGACACCAGUGACUUUGAUGCCUGUCAUCUUCAAUAUGACAAGCAAGGAGGGUAUUCUCACAUUAUGGAAGGGCUCAAUUGGAAAUGGAGUACUAUGGGGUCUCACUUCAGUCACCGAGAUCGUACUCUCGGAUGUUUGUGGAUUACCAAAGUCAUUUGUCCCUGGUGGGAGCACGGAAAAGUUCUGGAAACAUAUACUUUUAAAAGCUGUAUCGACUUUUGUAAUGACUCCAUUUUAUAUCUCUUCAUUUAUUGAAACUGUUCGGAGUGAGAGCGGUGCUGGUGCUGAUGAGAAUCGGGUAAUGGAAGUGAUUGUCAAGGGUGUUGAUAGAAUGAGGUUCUUCGCAUUUGGUGCUCGAGACGCGUCUCGUCGUUUCUCGAUUUUGCAUCUCGCUGUUCCUACGGUAGCAUUUCACACAUCUCAUUAUUUGGUCAAGACGAUGCUCUAUCAAUAUCUUUAUAAUAUGGCUCGGCGAUAUGUGAACCGCAAGCCUGAAUCGGACAGAUCAACUUUUCAUGAAUUUGUGCCACUCAUUUUCGCUCAAAUGACUUCCUCUGUGUGCACCGAUCUUAUUUUGUUUCCUUUUGAGACAAUUCUUCAUCGGAUGUACAUUCAAGGGACUCGUACUCUCAUUGAUAAUUUGGACACUGGACUGUCCGCAGCUUCGAUUACUAUCAAAUACAGCGGCUUUUUCGAUUGUUUACAACAGACCGUGAAACGAGAAGGAUUUUGGGUACUAUAUGCGGGUGCGGGGGCUCUCGUCUUGGAAUACAUGCUCCAAUCGAUGCUUCACCAAGUAGCCCGGGCUUGUUUUGAUCGUGGAACUCUUCGUCGUGCCACUCAAGCGCAUCAUUUUACGACAACGCCUCCUCUAUCACAUGCAGCUAAUCUGGACACUAUUGGGCCUCUAUCUGGUCCACUCGCCAUUCAACAAAUGCCUCCACAGGACUAUUAUUCGAGUGAUGAGUCAGCACCGGUUAUUGGCAGUCCAAGCAGAGCGAUACCCAUAUCUACGACGGCUCCAUCGGUUCCAUUCUCCACAGCUUCUCCGCCACUUCUCUCCUCGCCUCCAAUGCCACGAACACCAAAGAGAGAUGCUCUCUCGUUUCCGUCUUUUGGUGAAACGAGUGGUACAUUCCAUGGAGCGCAGUCGACUGGCUCUUUCGGCAACCCACCGCACCAACCACCAAAGUCAUCCAUAUUUGGUCGUAACCCAUCAGCUUCAACCACAUGGGACACUCUACCACCGCUCCAUCUCGACACAAACAACCAAUUUCAA